CUCUCUCAAACUCGUCUCUACUCACGCAGUAAACUCUUCUCCAUUCUUAUACAUAUAUACAUUCUCUUACUCUACUUCAUUCGCUUUCAAGCCUCUAGACGACAAUGGUAAACCUACGCGCCAUCUCCGCCUCUCUGGCGGUCUCUCUUCUCGCUGGCACCGCCGUUGCCCACCCCGGUGAGAGCAAGGCGGCCGUCAAGCGCGAGGCGUACCUCCUGAACCGCGCCCAGGCCGGUGCUCGUCGUGCCAUCACCGGAUGUGCCGACGCCGAAAACAGCGCCGCCCUGAAGGCUCGCUCUGCCGCUCGACGUGCUGCCACCGCAGAGGCGCUCCGGAAGAAGCGUGGCCUUGAUAGCCACCGCAUGAGGGGCAAGCGAGACCAGGCCGCCCUCGAGAAGUAUCUAGCCGUCGACCACAAUGUCACACACUUGGGAUACACCCUCGAUACUCCGAUCGAUGUCAUCUUCGACUCUAACUCGUCUGUCGCCCUCAUUCCGGAGGUUACCAUCGGGCCUUACUGGGUUUCGGGCGAAUUGAUCAGGACCGACAUAACGGACGAUGAGCCGGGCGUGCCGCUGCACCUGGACCUGCAGUUCAUCGACCUCAACACGUGCCAGGCGGUGCCCAAGAUGCUGAUCGACGCGUGGCACUGCAACGCGACGGGGGUAUACUCAGGCGUAGCGACGACGGGCCAGGGCGGGCUCAACUCUACGUUCGGCCGCGGCAUCCAGGAGACGGACGAGGACGGCGUGGUGCAGUUCGACACCAUCUUCCCGGGCCACUACACCGGCCGCACCGGCCACAUCCACAUCAUGAGCACCGAGAACGCCACCAUCCUCCCCAACAACACCUACCUCACCAACGGCAAGGCCAACCACAUCGGCCAGAUCUUCUUCGAUCAGCACCUCAUCAACGCCGUCGAGAGCCUCAGCCCCUACACCAGCAACGAGCAGACGCUCACCCUCAACAGCGAGGACGGCAUCGGCGCCCAGACCGCCACCGAUGCCUACGACCCCUUCGUCGACUACGUCCUCCUCGGCCCCAACCUCCAGGACGGCCUCCUCGCCUACAUCACCGUCUUCGUCGACACCACCGCCAACGUGACCGCCAACGUCCAGGCCGCCGCCCACUACUACCAGGGCGGUGGCGUGGCCAACCCUGACGCCGGCGGUGGCUUCCCCGGCGGUCCCGGUGGUCCCGGCGGCCCCCCGCCGAGCGGUAGCUUCCCCCCCCUCCCCAGCUCGACCGCCAACUAGGUUGGCCGAUCGACUUGUCGACGCGCAGUGCUAGAUAGAGAGGUACUUUUCAACGAUGUACUUAGGAAGAAAGUAGAGGAGCGUAGAGCGGAUGGGAGGCGGCCCAGUUGUAUUUAGCUUAGUUCGUGAGUGAGACUAUUUAGAGAAUAUAUUGCCGCCAAUACUGCGU